ACUGGGUUUGAACCGGGCGGCGGGGAGGAGAAGGAAGAAGAGAAGGGAGGCGGCGGCGGCGGCGGCCGCUCAGCUCCCAUGGCCAAACAGCUCGGCCGGGACCAGCAGGGCAUUACCCUGCGGGGCAGCGCCGAGAUCGUCGCCGAGUUUUUCUCCUAUGGAAUCAACAGCAUCCUCUAUCAGCGGGGCAUCUAUCCCCCCGAGACCUUCACCCGCGUCCAGAAGUACGGGCUCACCCUCCUCGUCACCACCGACCCCGAGCUGAAGAACUACCUCAACAACGUGGUGGAGCAGAUGAAAGAGUGGCUGUACAAGUGCAUCGUGCAGCGCCUGGUGGUGGUCAUCUCGAGUAUCGAAAACAACGAGGUUCUGGAGCGGUGGCAGUUUGACAUCGAGUGUGACAAAACAGCGAAGGAUGAGAGUGCACCACGAGAAAAAUCUCAGAAAGCUAUUCAGGAUGAAAUUCGAUCUGUUAUCAGACAAAUAACUGCCACAGUAACUUUUCUGCCACUGUUGGAAACUGCCUGUGCCUUUGACUUGCUGAUAUACACAGAUAAAGACUUGGCAGUGCCAGAAAAGUGGGAAGAAUCAGGACCCCAAUUUGUAGCCAAUUCGGAGGAGGUCCGUCUUCGUUCCUUCACUACAACCAUCCACAAAGUAAAUAGUAUGGUGGCUUACAAAAAGGAUUCCUUUCCCUGAGAUAUGGAGGUUUUGUAUAUAUCCUGUCACCUUGUAUAGUCUCUGUUCAUAGUGCUGUGAAGUAAUGAAUGCAUCACUGCUGUUGCUCUUGCUGAAGAAAGAUACAGAAAAAGGGCAAUGUUUGUCUUACGAUAAUGUGGUGUAACACUAGACUAAGCUGGCAUUGUUUUUAAAGAGGUCGAAAUAAGGUAUAAUGAUAAACUCAUACUUAACUGUAUGAGCUAAGCUAAUGGGGUGUUAUACUUCAUUCACUUGAAAAACUGCCUAAGUCUAGGAUUGCUAGAAUUGUGUUCAGAACCUGUAACUUAGGUUCAUUAUAAACUGCAUUCUACUAGCAGACUUAAGUUCUCUCUGCCACUAGAAAAAUGUCACUCCUGCCAUGCCAGUUCAUGCUCAAAGCCUGGACUGUUACCAGAAACAACCCUAAAAUGAAUCAACAGAAUGAUUCUAAAGUUAUUUGUACCUCUUUACACUGAAAGCAGCUGCUUGUCAGGAAAAUCUUAAAUGUGUGAAGCCUUGUAUAUUAAAGACGGCUAGACUCUAGUCCCAGGGACGGUGGUGUUUUAAGUCGGUGUAUGUCUCUAGUGUCUGUCUAGCAUUUUCUAUGUUUGUAUUCUUGUUUUACAGAAUAAAGCUUGAAACUGUAUAGUGUUCUCUAA